AGAGAGCUCCACUCACUUUCUGUUGGACGGAACCUUGGGAUCUAUCCCUGGCAGCCAUUGUGGAAUUAAACUAUGGCGACGGGUAGGCAUCAGUUCGAAACUGCCAGACAUACGGACUAAAAUCCAGAGAUAACGACCAAGGAGAUUAUAUCCAACAGAGCUGAGCGCGAGUGCAGUCGAGCAGGGAACAUCCCGGUGAACAACCAGUAUCUGUUUGGAGACUCGCGAUGGCGUGGAACGCAUUCAAGUUCUGCACAGGCCUGAAGAUUCUCGGAUCCAUUAUGGUCCUGGUUGUCCUCGCUAUAGUCGCGGUCACUUACUACGCUGUCGUCAUCGCGAGCUACGGGCCUGAGCUAUCCAAGGGAGGGUCCACGGCGUUCCUCGCGUUCCUCGUGCUCGCCGUCUUCCACGGCCUCCUCGGUAUGCUUCUCUGGAGCUACUUCGCCGUGGUGCUCACGGACCCCGGUGGUGUACCACCGGAUUGGCACCCCUUCUCUCGUGGUGAAGACGAUCUCGAGGCCCAGUCGCUGCAAGCCCUAGACGCCCACAGGCAAGCCGCCCUCGGAAACUACCCGCCCUCCGCUGCUGCUGCUGCUGCUGCGUCUGCUGCCAGCGUAGCAAGCGCUGACGUCCUGUCCGAGUCAGCACCCGGCGAUUAUGACGUUGAUCAUGAUGAUGACAGCUCAGCAAUGGAUGACCCCCGUGCUGCUCUUGUGGGGCCCACGGGCGGCAGGACGGGGAUGGAAGGCGGCGGGAAGCAGCAGCAGGAGCAGCAGCAAGCAGUGUCGCGCGGAGGGGGAGGGGGGAUGGUGGCCGGGAGGGACGGAAGGGGGGACGUGGGGAUGGCGAGUGGAGCAGUGGAGAUUCGGCGGUGCAAGCGGUGCCUGCAGUUCAAACCGCCUCGCGCGCACCACUGCUCUGUCUGUGGGCGGUGCAUCCUCAAGAUGGACCAUCACUGCGUGUGGGUCAUCAACUGCGUUGGCGCCAAGAACUACAAGCAAUUCCUGCUCUUCCUCUUCUACACGUUCGUGGAGACGGCGCUGGUGGCGCUGGCGCUGCUGCCGCACUUCAUCGACUUCUUCACCUCGCCGCCCACUGAGAAGGACGACGCCACCCGCCUCGCCACCGUCUUCCUCUCCUUCGUGCUGAACAUCGCGUUCGCCAUCAGUCUCCUAGGCUUCCUCAUCAUGCACGUGUCUCUUGUGCUAGGCAACACCACCACCAUUGAGGCGUUUGAGAAGAGGGGGUCACACAGAUGGCGGUUUGACCUCGGAAGGAAAAGGAACUUUGAGCAGGUGUUUGGCAUGGACCGGCGGUACUGGCUGCUGCCCAUGUACUCCCCAGAGGACCUGCGCAGAAUGCCAGUGCUGCAAGGCCUCGACUACCCGCACAACCCCGAGUACCUCCAAGAGUUUGAGGUCUCCAGAAGAUGAAAGUAGUCCCUGACAUUGGGUUAACAGUGUGCAUGCUAUGUUUGCUUAUAUUGAAUUCUAUUAAGAGCUGUACACUUUCCUUUUGGUCAAAAUGGCAUCUCUGAUCUGAU